CCAAUCAUCAGAACUCAUGCCUGCUGCCGCUCUAUCUUCUUCAUUCCAAGGUGCCCCUCCUGUGCACGUGGAUGCUCGUGCCGCGUUCGGCUUCUUGGACUCAUCGCCCACCUCCGGAGGCCUCAGCUCGUCCCCUCAGACAACCUCCGCACAUACCUAAGCAACGGUACUAGAUUGUCAUGGAAAGGAGGGAGCUUGGCGGCAGAAACCUUAGCUCUGUCAAAGCAGCCAUUACUACGUAUGGAGAGCGGAUUCUUGAGAGCAGCCCAGGUUUGAGGAAUACCCGGAAGAAUCUCCCCGAGAAUUCCUCUUCGAAAGCUAAGGAAUUGCUUCUGGCCAAGAGGGACAUUACCCGGUACCGCGAGCGCAGAAGGAACGACGAGUCCACGAUAGCUGAGGCGGAAACCGAGCUCUCGGAAGCGAGGAGCAAGCUCAAGAAUCUCAAAGCGCUGAUCGAUGCGUCGGAUUCCAAUGUCAAGUCGCAGCUGCCCGAAUUCGAUAAGAGAAGGAGACCGCAGGCGCCGCAGGGUGUUAGGAAGAGCGACAUGUCUCGGUAUGAAGGAGUGAUGAGAGAGCUCGAAUAUGUCAAGCAGGAACUGAGCAAGCUUAAGCUGGACGUGGCUUCAGUGCUGGACGAGAAAUCGCGGAUGGAGAAAGAAGCGGAAGCGUCGAGCUCGAAAAUGCGGUCUUACACGAGCUCGGCGGAGGCACUGAGGAAGGAGAUUGAGGAAGUUGGUGAGGAGCAGGUGCUGGUCGAGUUAGCGCAAAUCGAAGCUCUGAAGGAACACGCGGUGAUCGAAGCUCAGAGAGAGAAGGAACAGAGCGAGUACUCGACCAAAGUGGAAGAAACGAGGCAAAAGAUAGAUCAUGUGAGAGAAGAACUUGAGAACUCGAAGGAGCUAGAGGCUAAAUUGGCUGGAACAUUGUCUGAUGUCGAUGUGCUACGGAAUGAGCUGAAAUUAGUGAGAGAUCUGGACAAAAGGGUUCCGACAGAUAAUGGCUUCCAGCAUCCGGAAGACGGAAUCAAGAAAGGCGAAGAAGAUGAAACUUCAGUCAUGUUACGGGCGGUCACGGUGGAAUUGGAGGAAGCGAAGAAAGAAUUGGCAGCAAUUAAGGAAGAGGGCUUUCAAUUCAUGGCCUCCAUGGACGUAAUAAGGAAUGAGUUGAAGUUUGUCACAGAAGAAAAAGGUCGGCUGAAGAAAACAGAGGAGAAAACAGAAUUGACUGUUCAGAGUCUCAAUUCGAAGCUGCUGAGAGCGAAAUCCAAGUUGGAAGCCGCGACAGCAGCCGAGGAGAAAGCUAAGUCGGUCGCUUCCAAUCUUUUGCUCACCCUCGAACAGUUAAGGACAGAAGCGGAGGCCUCAAAGAAAGAGAAGGAGUUAAUUCUCGAAGAGACGAAAGCGAUGAAGGAAGAGAUUCAGAAAGCUGAGGGUGAGAUAGAUUUGACUGAUGAAAGGCUUCAAGCUGCUAUGCAGGAGCUUGAAACAGUCAAAGCCUCAGAAGCGCAAGCUCUUGAGAAACUCAGGACUCUUAUUGAGGGCACAAUGAGAGAAAGAGCUGCUGCAUCUCAGCACAGCUCUUCAAUUGCUAUUUCAAAAUUCGAGUAUGAUUAUUUGACGGGCCGUGCCACUGGAGCCGAAGAAAUCGCGGAUAAAAAGGUUGCGGCAGCUCAGGCUUGGAUCAAAGCUCUGAAGGCAAGCGAGAGAGAGAUCCUGCUGAAGAGCGAGCUGAUGCAAAGAGAGUUGAGAGAGCUAAGGGUGGAGGAAGAGCAACAGGUGUAUCAGAAGGAAAGGUCGCUCUCCGCGAAGAGAAGGGUCGAAAGAGAGAUAACAAAUCGGAGGCAAAAGCGGGAUAAGAUCUCAGGAAGCGAGAAUGCUCAAUUAUCUCUGCCUAGAAAGUCGCCGAGAAAGCUCAAGGGGGACAAUGCCGAAUUUUCUCCAGCCAGAAGAGCAAAGUUUCGCAAGUCCGGUUCGCCAAGAACCCGUCUUAUGGCUGGGUCACCCUCGAUAACUCUCAGGAAGAGAAAGACGGUGAUGCCGAACCUAUCCAAGCUUUUCAGCGGAGGUGGCCUGAAGAGGAAGUCCUCCAAGGCCCUCCACCAUUGAGUGGCUGUCCACUCUUUCAGGGAAGUUUUCAGGGGGUGUAACCGUUGGGGGAGCUUCAACUUUCAAAGGCUAUUGAAAGAGUGCAUUGGGAGGUUGUCCUUUUUCCUUGUCCUUACAUCGGUUUUCGACAUUGUUGAGCUCCGGCUUCGGCGACCAUACCGUCGGCACAUUCCAUGAGCCGUGUCUGAUCUAGUCGAGCUUGUACAAGGAAACCCAACAGACUGCCGAGUUAAAUUUGAUUACUUGUGUACAAAAGAAACUGUUGUACUGUUUCUAUUUUUCUGCUUCUUUUUCCCUAAUAACGCAAGAGAAAGAGUUGCAUUUCUAUGUGCAAUU